GUUAGAACUGCUGUUCGUGCCUUGUUUAUCGUAUUCCUUGGCGUAGCACUUUCUUCGGUGUUCCAUCACUGUCUGUUGCGUAUCUUACCAACACACGGUCGGAGAAAGAAAAGACCAGACGAGAUCGAAAUCGAAAACGCGGAUCUUUGUUGUUUUAGCGUUUCUACUCUAUCUCUUUCUCUACGGUUCUUCUUGUUGCCGUGGCUUUUUGUUUCUGUAUCAUGCGCUUCAAUGCUGCUCGUUUUGCGAAGUGCCGUAACGCACACCUCUGCCCCUGGUCGCAGGCGGUGAACAUGCAAUUCCGCGGCAUAUGUGUAGGUGCCGCAUCGAAACUCGGUGCCGACCUGGGCGGAGGCGGUGCGUCAAGGACAGUAAUGGGAGAGGUAAGUAAUGCUAAAAAUUAAAAUGCUGAUUUCCUGAAUUCGAAAGGACGAAGUGAGUUUUUGUCUUUGUUCUCAACAAUCGAUUGACUCGUCGCGGCAAAUACCAGACAGGCCCGACUUCAAUUUCUGUUCUACAAACCUUAUCAAGUACUCUCUCACCUCGUCAGGUUCCCUUGCAAGCUGGUUUCGCGGAGCAGGGUCCCGGUAUGAGCUCUGCAUUGUCCGGCGCUAUCAACUUCCUGAACGCAAACGAAGACCUUGGGAGCAGUAUUUCAGACGAGGUACGAAAGGGUGCGUGACGCAAUCAUAAAAAUGCGCCCGCAUUUUCUUGUCAAUUUUCCGGAAAUUAGCACGCGCUGACGACGCUCAUGACGUGAAUGAUCCGCAUCCGAUGCAUUUAUUUGAGAGCGGCGCUCGUCGUCUACUUCGAACUCGCUUUCCAAACUGCAUGAACAACAAACACCAGGUCGCAGACGCCGUACGGCAGUGUUUGGGGGAAAACGAUCUAAGUGCUUACUUAGAUCUCGGAGGAAUGGAAAGCGUAAUUAACAUCAAUUCAAUAUGAAGUGUGAAGAAAAGCAAGCUUCCUUCUGACACAGAACGCAAUCACCAUCUUCGCGAUCACUGGGUGAAUAAGGAUAAGUGCUUACAGAUUCAUGCUCGCAUGAACAGCUGCACAUAGAUCGAACAGCAUGCUGAGCUUUUAUGUUGUAUUCAAGAUGCACAAGAGCAGCGCAGAGACGAGAGACGCCACACUCUGCAUAUCUCUCUGUCUCUCUGAAGAUAGUGCAGUCGGUAUGAAAGGCUGGCGCUUUUCCUUUCCACGCCCCUCUCUCUUCAACUUCACACUAUCAUGCUGGCACACAGUCUUCGACCACGCUCGUGAGAACAAGUCCAUGCGCAAUAUCAUGCAUUGACAGCAACAUGGUACAUUUCUGACAGGGCAGCAUAUGGUACUUUUGCGGCGGACUCAAGGGCAGGGAAAUUUUAGCACGGCCGCCGUAAGCGUGAUUCUGACCACGUCGGUAUCAAACAUCACCCUCUGCCGCCUCUGGACGAUUUCCACCUUUGCCAUUUGGUAGGAACUUCAAAGAAAAAUGCAAACGAAGGUCCGCAUCAUGUAGUACGUAGAAAUGAAAACUAAAAAGAAAAUGAAGAUGACCCUGAUACGCGACAACUCUCCGUGAGCGGUCUUAAAAUUCGUGCUGACUCUUCACUCAAAUGAAUCAUGGCUAUUAUGGUGGACCUGAUGAACUUUCUCGUGCAACAGCAGGAUGCAUUACCAGACGUUCUUUUCGAAAAU